CGCUGUAGUGAAAGUUAAAUCCUCAGACAACAUAUUACUUGUGACAAAUGGUGGUUCAGGUCAAACCCAGCUCCCAGCAAAGCAAAACAAUGGAUGGAGCGCAGCAAAAAGUCGAAGCUAACGUAUUGUUGCUUGGAGCCGAAAACGUUGGGAAAUCAGCCCUCACCGUGCGAUUUCUCACCAGAAGAUUCAUCGGCGAGUACGGAGAUAUUGAAUCAAUAUACAAUCACAAUGACAAAGUUGACGGACGGGAGAUAUCGUUCAACAUCUGGGAUUCCCUAUAUCCACAGAACUGUGAAACAACGGAGUCAAUUACCGAGAAGCAGUUGCAGUGGGCCGAUGGUUUAAUUCUGGUCUACAGCAUUUGCGACCGGUCAAGCUUUGACGUGGUGCGGCAACAGGUGCAUCUUAUCAGACAAGCAAAGAAGACGUCCGGGAUGUCGCCCAUCAUCAUCGUUGGCAACAAGCGCGACCUCCAGCACCGACGCACGGUUUCCAGCGAGGAGGGACGACUCCUGGCUCUCUCAGCUGACUGUGGGUUCUUCGAAAUCUCGGCCGCCGAAACGUACCACGGCGUACUACUUGUGUUCCACGAAUUGCUGGACCUCAUUCGGGAGGCGAGGGCACUUAAGAAAGGGGGUGCGGGAUUCAAAGGCAUCGUAAGGAGCGUGUCGGCGGUUUUUGGAAGGAAACGAGCUGAGUAGCAGAAUAGGGGUCUGCGGACCGAAGAGUGGAAUAUUCUAGAGAAGUGUGCGUUUUCAAAACAGUUGUUUUGAACUGUUGGCUGACAAAUGCCAGCUGGUGGACGCUUGGGCUAGUAGUGGAGUCAGGAAAGCUAUGGUGCGACGUGGAGCACGUGCAGAGAAUUGAUUUAUGGUACGUUGCAAGGUCGAAUUUCGAAGGCAGAGUAGAGUUAUGGUGACCAUCAGAACUGUUACGUUAUUGAACUCGUAUCUUGUUGGACUGGUGGAACUGAGGAGUGAGAUUUGAACCCCAGAUUGUUGUACUGAAGUUAGAAAAAAAAAUAGAAGGUCAAUGUGGUUGUACAGAGAAAGGAAUCCAGCACUGGCCUUGUGAAGUGUGUCACCUGUUCAGUUGUGGUUUUGUCUUAGCAACUCAUCUGGCUGUUUACUGAAAAAUACCAAAUGAAAUUCACAGUAGAGACAAGCACCUCAAAAAGUAAUACAAUCCAAGUGACUCUGAAUUGUCAUUUCACUCCAAUACAAUGUAGCAUUUUUAAAAAAUCAAAUGACGGGCAGGGGUCUAGUACGUGUUGGAAACAUGCAUUGGUGCUGGUCUUUAUUUGGAGUGCAAAUGACUAAUAAUACUGUGAAUUAAAUUACAGGUAGAUUAUUCAGAAUGUCAUAUCAGCAUGGUUUUAACCUACUUUGAACAACACUUUUGUGUACGAAAGGGAAUUUGAAAGUGGAAAUGUUUGCUGCUAGUCAUAGUGAUCAGACCAAGAGAGAAGGAUUCAUUGUGAGCAUUUAAUCAAUUUUUGAUUAGUGCAUCCAUUUCUUGUAUGCUUUUUACACCCAUUGGAACUAAAACCUUGUUGAUCGCAUUCAUAAUGUAUGUGGAUACAUGGAUUUUAAAGUUUAUGCAUUCCGCUGGGUAGUAUACAAUAUCACUGAGUCAUACAAGGUGUACAUACUCUUGGACAGUGGGAGUCAUGGUGUACUACUCCUGCAUUUGUAAUCAUGAAAAGUCAGUACCAAAUGACUUAUGAUCAGAUAGUACCUGGACUUUUCUUAUUCUCAGUGUACCAAGUUGAAAGAAGUGUAAUUUGUUUAUGUGGUCUUUGAGACCCUGGGCAUCAGGAAACAAUAUAAUGCUCAUACACAGAAGCAUUCUCUAUUUUGAAACAUAUCAGAUGAACAGGCUUGAACUCAAGCUUUUUUUAUU